AUGAGUUCGCGGUCCGCGACCCGGGAGCCCCUGCGCCGCGUGGCCGUCACGGGCGGCACCCACGGCAAUGAGAUGUCCGGGGUGCACCUGGUGCGGCAUUGGCUGCGGGCCCCGGGGGAGCUGCAAAGACCCAGCUUUGCCGCCUUGCCUGUGCUGGCCAACCCUGCAGCUGCCGCCACAUGCCGCCGCUACCUGGGCUGCGACCUCAACCGCGCCUUCACCAGCGCCUUCCUCACUGCCCAGGCCACCCCGGAUGACCCAUACGAGGUAACAAGAGCCCGGGAACUGAACCAACUCCUGGGGCCCAAAGGCUCGACCGAGGCCUUCGACCUGAUCCUGGAUCUGCACAACACCACAGCCAACGUGGGCACCUGCCUCAUCGCCGAGAGCCAGCAGGAAGUCUUCAUCAUGCACCUGUGCCAUCACCUGCAGCUGCAGAACCCGGAGCUGGCCUGCCGGGUCUGCCUGUACAAGCGGCCGGGGGAGGAGAGCUUCCACGUGGGCUCCGCGGCCCAGAACUCACUGGGCCUGGAACUGGGCCCCCAGCCUCAGGGCGUGCUGCGGGCCGACGACUUGGCGCGGAUGAGGACUGUGGUGGCCUCUGCUCUGGACUUCGUGGAGCUCUUCAACCGGGGCACAGCCUUCCCAGCCUUUGAGAUGGACGCCUACCGGUACCUGGACGGAGUGGACUUCCCACGCACAGCUGAGGGGGAGCUGGCGGGCACCGUGCACCCCCAGCUGCAGGACUGCGACUUUGAGCCGCUGCGGCCCGGCGCCCCCAUCUUCCAGAUGUUCAGCGGAGAGGACGUGUUCUACCAGGGGGACUCCACUGUGUACCCCAUAUUCAUCAACGAGGCCGCCUAUUAUGAAAAGGGCGUGGCUUUCAUUCAGACGGAAAAGAUCUCCUUCUCCGUGCCCGCCCUGCCCUAG